CCCUUACCUAAAUGCCUCUCGCUUGUUUGUCUAUGAAUGAAAGACUGAGAGGAAAAUCCUACCGGGCGUUUUGCAUUAUAAAAAUCUAACGUUUGUAACUAUCGUGCGCAGUAGAUUUGUGUAAAAUAGAAACAAAGUUUAAAAAAUAAUACAGAAAAGUUUUAGGUAAAUCAAACGUGAUGGCAGUAAACGUAUAUUCUACCAAUGUUACUUCGGAAAAUCUUUCACGCCACGAUAUGUUGGCGUGGGUGAACGACUGUCUUCAAUCAAACUUCGCCAAAAUUGAAGAGCUGUGCACCGGCGCCGCAUACUGUCAGUUCAUGGACAUGCUAUUUCCUGGCAGUGUACCUAUGAAAAGAAUCAAAUUCAAGACAAAUCUAGAACAUGAAUAUAUACAGAAUUUCAAAAUAUUACAAGCAGCAUUCAAAAAAAUGAGUGUUGAUAAGAUAGUACCAAUUGACAAACUGGUGAAGGGUCGUUUCCAAGAUAACUUUGAAUUUUUGCAAUGGUUCAAGAAGUUCUUUGAUGCCAACUAUGGAGGCACGGAAUAUGACGCGGUGGCGCAGCGCGAAGGGCUGCCCAUGGGGCACGGCGGCUCGUCCGCUCCGCGGUCCGCCGCCGCCGCAAAUGUAAAGAAACCUGCUGCGCCUGUCGCCAAAGUCGCAGCUAGACCCCAAACCAUUGGCAAAGCAAACAGCACAGUACGGUCUCCACCUGUCAACUUAUCAAGAUUAAAUCAAAGUGGAAAAGGUGACUCCAAACUUCUUGAUGAACUCAACCAUCAGGUGAAUGAAUUGAAAGCGACAGUUGACGGCCUUGAAAAAGAAAGGGACUUCUACUUUGGGAAACUCCGUGAUAUAGAGGUAAUCUGUCAAGAGAUGGAAGAACAACAGAAUGCUCCAAUUGUGCAGAAGAUUUUGGACAUUUUAUAUGCAACUGAGGAUGGAUUCGCACCUCCAGAGGAAAUAGACGGCGACAAUCCUCACCCGCCCGAGGAAGAUGAAUAUUGAAAUCAUUAUAUAUAAAUAUAUAACGUCAAAGCGUAUCAUAGUGCUAUUUGUAUAAUAUCAACUCGAAAUUAUCUCGCUUUACAAUCAUCGACAGUAUCGAGUGCUUAGUGUUUCACAGCCAAUGAGUCGUCGCUGAAUAUUAUGUAAAUUGUUCAAACAGUGGCCCCAAAAUCGCUGGUCUGCACAAUGGACUGUCUCUAGUUAUAUUAUGACUAGUACUAUGUCUACUACUAUAUAAUUAAUCUUUCUCAGCAUCUGGCGUUAUUGAAUAGUCAUUGCACAUGGCUGUGUCAUAGCUAAGUACAAUCGUUCAUACUUAGGAGCGCGAUUUUUUGACUGAGUUACUUCAUAUUUCUGCUGUUUUUUAUAAGUCGAACUAUCCAUUUCUACCAUAUUAUCAUGGACGAUAGGAACUACAGUAUUGUGCAAUUUGUAAGAACUCGAUGUUGACAAUCGUUACAUUUUCGGGCCACUGAUGCCUAAGCAACGUGCAUUUAAUAGGUUGUUAAUAUUGGAAGAAGUUUACUGUUAAUUGUUUAUUCUGUUAUGUCCCAAUUUUGUGAAAAUAUUGGUACAAAAUUUUCAUUUUUAGGAUGCGAGUGAUUUUUAGAUCUGAAUGUUUACAGAAUAGAUUUGUUUGCAACGGGACAAAAAGUGUGUCGAAUAUUAUCGUUAAAUUUAAUACUUGGUGAACUGUUCCAUAUACAUCCUUGUGAUAUAUCUACCUAUCCAUGAUUUAGGUUUAAACAAAUACAAGACUUGAGUGUGCACUAGUAAAUGUAACUAAUAAAUUAUGAAAAAAUGCUAAUAUUCAAAAUAAUUUUAUGUAUUUUAUUUUAAUCGUCUAUACGCGAAAAGUCGCGAAAAUUAACGACUUGUUGGCAAAAAAGAUGUUAUUCGCUGGUUAAGACAAAUAGAUAAUUAAUUUAUUUACUUUAGCAGUCGUAUUAUGCCUUAACAGCAGAUAUUAAAGCCUCUGAAUUUCAGAUUGUGAAUGUCUUAUCAAAUAAAAUAAUAACUUUAUUAUAA